CUCCUCUGCAGUAUCUGCAAGCCAUGGGCUAUUACAGCCUACAUUGCACAUGAGUUCUAUUUGCUGCACUUGAGGGAGUCAAAUGGAGUAGUAUGACCUUUCCGAGGUUUGUCGUACUUUUGUUUUUGACUUGUUUUGAGCCCUGCUUACCAAAACUCAGACGCAAUAGACAAUACACACGCAACAUACUCUUGCGAUCGUAGCUCUCACCUCAAGCCGACGCGUUCUCGAACGCGACAUGGCCUACUCCCUCGCUGCGACGCAACAAGCCGUUCAACAGCAGCUGAUUAAUCAGGCCCAGCAAAAUGCAAAUCAACACUAGCCAAGCUCUGGCACAAAAUGUGCCGGCACAAAGGAGCGCGGCUGUCACAGCGGCGCUGCGCUACGUCAACAACAAGUUCGCUGCUCGCGACUGGAAGUAUUUGGAAGAGGAGCUCGAUAAGGACGCUAUGAGCGGCGCGGAAGAGGCCGAAGCGCUGUUCGACCUGGAUCUGGACUCGGACGCGCACGCCACGCCCUCCCUAUGCCACAGUCCCACGUCCGCCGCCCACCAGGCCUCACCCCGCGCCUUCACGCGCGCCGUGUGCGUGUCAUUCGCGGCCGGGCCGGUCAAGCUGACGCACCCUGCGGAUCUGGAGGGGCGUGUCAAACAACUGGUCUCUGCCUUCACUGGCAAGUCUGCCAUUGCUGCCUCCCUGCAACAACAACAGCAGCAGCCUGAGCAGCAGUGGUCGCUGGAGCAGCUGGCGUCGCACCUGCGGUCCGCCGGCCUGGCGGUCGAGGUGAUAUCGCCGCCGCGCCCCGACCAGCGCUCGCCGCUCACCACCCGCUCCAUCCGCGACCCCUUCCUGGUGGUCAGCUUAGGCCCCACCAUCUCAUCUUCCAGUAACGCCACAUGCAAUCACGUCGUCAUCGUUGAUGCUGCCCUGCAUGACCACCUGAGCGUGGCCCCCGUCACGCCCGCCUACCGGCGCUCCCUGGCGGCGGCGCUGCCUGGCGGCUCGACGGCGCCAUGGGUUGGCAGUCUCGCCCGCCUGGUGCCUCUGGUCAAAUCGCUGGCACCCGCCGUGUCGCUCAACUUCAGCAGCCAGGGAAUGGAAGUGCCGCCGUGGCGCCGCACCUCCGCGCUGCUACGCCGCUGGGAAUGCGCGGAGGAGCCUGCCGCCCGAGACUCCAGCCCGACGGCAGGCCCGCAACGGCAGCAGCCCGAGCAGCCAGGUCCCACUGGCGCCACCCGCACCAUCACCGUUGCCGCCACCACGACAACCACCAUCAGCAACAUGCCAUGCCUGGUGGUGACGGGUUUCGAGGUGGGUUCCACCGCGGUGGGGCAGGAGCCAUGGCGCGACGCGGAGCCCGGCAGCUUCGCCGCCUUGUCCUUUGGCGCGGGCUGGCUCCAGGAAGCCGCACUUGAGCGACAGCGGCGCGAGCAGCAGCAGCAGCCGGCCGAGGCGCCGCGGCCGCGGUCGGAGGACUCGGAGGACAGCACCGCAGACCUGGUGGCAGGGGCCUCGCCGGUGAGCGUGUUUCUUUACUGCGGCGCCCCGCAGCGGCGCGACUCAGCCAGGGUCAUCUUCGGCAGCCUGGUGAAGGCGGCCUUUUAGGGCGUUGGGAUCUGGCAAGGCACUUUUAGCAGUGCAACGAUUCUUGGCGAUCGCAUGUUUGAAAGCGGAGGCUUCAUGGCCAAGUCAAGUGUUAGUGCGUCUGUGCUGUGGAAGUGCCAAUUUUGUUUCUGUGCAUGUACAUAUGAGAGCAAGGCAUUCAAUGCGGCAGACGCAAGACCUUGAACGGACUAAACUGCCUAAGUACGUAUUGUGAGUGCGGCGUGGUGUUGCAGCACCGACAACGCAACUUUCCUGCGUGAGCGGCGCAUGAGUGCCGAGAGGGAGAGAAAGGGGGCGGGCUCGUCAGGGGCAGCAUGCAUGCUGCAGACGGUCAUUGUGUGCGAGCGGGUGAGGGCUGCAUAGCCUCAGCCUUAGCCUUGGCUUUUAAUUUGCGCCGAUUUUGCGCAUACAGUCAAUGCGCCCCAGCAUUACUGCAGGGCUGACACUGUGCAAACCGUGGGUGGAUGGGAAGAUGCAAGACUGCACGCAGACAAUAAUGUUUGCACGGUGCCCUACACACGUUAUGGAAAUCGCCGUUGGGUACUGAUUGGGAUUCUUAGGCAUAGUAUCGCGGAAUCUGCAAGUCUUUAGCUAUGGAUGCUGGCGCAUGGUGUGGUUGUGUGCUGCGCAUCCGCUCUACUGCCUUGUCAUGGCCCACGCAUGCCAUCUCCCUACCACGGAUGGCAAUGCUGUUGGGUAGCACUGAUAUCUUGGUUUUUGCAACAGUUGAGUGUGAUGGGAGGCCGCAAGGGAUGCAGUCCACAUAGCGAGUGUCAUCAAACCGGUUGUGUAGGGUGCAGCAUCUUGCAGGAAUACACAGAAGAAGGCAUGGCGCCCUCCAAAUGAAGGAGUGUUUAGCCAGAAUGGACUACUGAAGGCCGCUGACAGGGCUGUGUAAUGCAUUUGGAAGCAUGAAUAGUGCCAAUCUCCCACGGGCCUGGGAUGAGGGGAAUGGGGUGGCGAGGAAACCUUCAAGCGGGUGGACUUGCGCCACGCUGUGUUACGGCUCCUGGGCAGACAGUGGUUUAUGCAGCUGCCCAGCUGUCAUCAGCAUUGGUCUGAUUGAUGGAAUGAUGGGGCAGCACGUGACAGGGAUGACUGCGGGGGGGGGGGGGGUUCCAGCGCUGACUACCCAGAAGCCGAAGCCCCCUAGACCACUUUGGUCGCGCUAGCUAGCACUUCAACAGUUCCAGUCAAAUCUGCUGCGCUGGCCGUUCCGUCGUCGCCUACACUCAUCGGCCACCAGCAUAGAGCCGGCAUGAGACAAAGGCAUUGCGGCUUGACAGGGUCCGCGGUGAGCGGAGCUGCGGAGGGCACCUUGGAGGGCACAGGCGCACUGCGCACAGCGGUGGCGCAGUGCGCGGCAAGUUAGUCGUGACGAAACCCGAUGGAGGCGCGCGAGCGGAACUUUUUGUGCCUGCCGACCACGACGGUUUUGCUCCUAGCAUGCAGUGCUCCGCAUGGCCACAAAAGCGGCCGUGCGGCCGUACGGCCCGUGCCUGUGCAUUUCUUCCUGUGGCGCACACGUACACCGUGCGCUUUCCUUGCCGGCUCCUCCUGCCUGCUCCUGCAGCCGCCCAACCCUGCACCCGCCCAAACCACAAAAUGCAACAAGGCAACAACGAGACUGUGGGGUGUUCGUGGUGGUGAAAGACGGUGAAAGGGAGUCAGCUUCCGCGGACGUGGUGACAUGACCCGCGCAUAUCGAAGUACAGUGUCGCGGGCUGGAGCUGUUGCCAUCUCCGCUCUAGCUUUUGGUGAACGUCUCUGUGGUCACAGGCCUCUGACAGACGAGGUCCUGUUGGAAAACCCUAGCCUCACACAAUUCCAAUAGCGAAAGCGUAUGUCAGUU